AUGACGAACGCAUCUCUCUCCGUUGCCGCCUCAUCUCUUCUCGAUUCUCCGAUUUGCCGGCGACUCUCCGGUAGCGAUUCCGAUCAGAUUGAUCUAGGGAAACAAGCAAAUAGAGGAGUGACAUUUGGUGUGCCCAUUGCUAAGGUAAAGGUAUGUCCACAAGAGGUAGAGGACGAGCAGGGUAUGUACCUAGACCCCAUGCGCCUACACACCAUGCGCCUACACCGCAUGCAUCCACUAAAUCAGUUCGUUCAUCCACUCAAUCAACACCUGGACCCAAUGCAUCCAUUAAAUCAGUUCGAUCAUCUAUGCUGUACCCAUUUACAUCAGAAUCGGUACAUGAAGUUACGUCACAAGUUUCACACUCGGAUACUUCUAGCACACAUUGCAACACUGAUGGUUCUGCAAGCUUGUGUCGAUUUGAAGCUUGGGAGCUCUUUGCUAGAUUUUGAAUGUCAUUUCAACAAAGCCAUUGAGAAGAAGAUGUGAUGAGUUGAGUUGUUUUGUUAUGUAGGUAGAUAUAACUGCAAUUACAAUAUGUUGAAUAGUUGAAUGCUGCAAACAUUGCUUAUGGUACUAGCCUUAUAAAUUGGAAAUAAUAUUUUGAAAUCUCUGUCAGUUUAUGAUAUAUAAUCAAGAUAUUACAUACUAA